UCACACAUUCCUAGGAAUCUCCCCGUUUUCCUGAUGAGUCAGACGCGGCAACCUCAAUCGAAUCAAGCUCACUGCCCACCAAUAAGAUGUUAAAACGGAAUUUAUCAUCAAGUCCUCCUUGUCAAGAACAAUCCAAACAGAAAAAACUAAGAGUGAUCUCCAGUUUUGUCGAAAGUCACAGCGAACAAGAGCCGUUGAUGCAAUCAUUGGGGCCUAGCACCUGUCGGCGAGAUGAAGAAAGCGAGUCUAUUCACAGUGGCAGCAUGAAGGUAGUGGAAGAUCAAGACUAUAACGCAGCUAAGUGCAAUGCAUCACAGAUUGUUGAAGGAGUAGUGUUACAAAAAGAGAAAGUUGAUUUGAAUGGUGGCUGGCAAGCUGACGAUCCGGUCCCUUAUGCCGCCCUUGUGAAAGCUUUUUCCUUAAUCGAAGCCACUCCCAAGCGUUUAGAAAAAACUGCGCUCCUUACGACCUUCUUCUUACUUAUAUUGCAACGCAGUGCAAUCGGAGAUUCGAAGUCUCUUUUACAAGCCGUAUACUUAUGUAUAAAUCGGUUAAGUCCAGAUUACGUUGGUGUAGAACUAGGUAUCGGAGAAAACCUCCUUGUCAAAGCUAUUGGGCAAUCAACUGGUCGCAGUGCCGCACAGAUAAAAGCUGACUUUAAGAAGGAGGGUGACUUAGGUCUUGUGGCUAUGAAAUCAAAAAAGAACCAAAAAACCCUUUUCAAAGCUAAACCUCUCACGAUACCUUUUGUAUUUUCAAGCCUUCAAGAAAUUGCAACUUCAUCAGGACACGCAUCCCAAGGCAAAAAAGUUUCUAUCAUGGUGAAGAUCUUGACUGCAUGCCAGGGCUUUGAAGCGAAAUAUAUUGUUCGUAGCUUGGAGGGUAAACUGCGAAUCGGGAAUGCGGAGAGGACAGUACUAGUAGCCCUUGCACAUGCAGCUGUGUUGGCUGAAAUGGAGAGAGACCAGGCGAAGUGGACCCCGCAUGAAUUAGUAAACCGUCUUGACGAAGCGGCCAGGGUCAUGAAAAGUGUUUACAGUGAAUUACCAACAUAUGAGAAGGUCAUACCCGCACUUCUCGAAGUUGGCAUUGCUUGCCUUCAUGAUAGGUGCAAGCUUACGCCAGGUAUCCCUCUGAAACCCAUGUUGGCCAAGCCCACCAAGGCAAUCGGCGAGGUUCUCCAUCGUUUUGAAGGCAUGGACUUCACAUGUGAGUAUAAGUAUGAUGGCGAACGUGCACAGGUGCAUAAGAUGGAAGAUGGUACUAUUGGAAUAUUCAGCCGAAAUUCAGAAGACAUGAGUAAAAAAUAUCCUGAUCUUAUAGAGCAACUCCCGCGCUGCAUACGAGCCUCAACCAACUCUUUUGUGAUCGAUGCAGAAGCUGUCGCAAUUAACAAAUCCACUGGCAUGUUGAUGCCUUUCCAACACUUGAGUAAAAGGAAGCGGAAGGAUGUCAGAUUCCAAGACGUUACAGUACACGUUUGUUUAUAUGCCUUCGAUCUGUUGUAUCUAAAUGGCGAACCUUUACUGCAGAAGGACCUUAAGAAGAGGAGGGCAUUACUACGGCAGCAUUUUCAAUCUAUCCCCGGUGAGUUUGAUUUCGCAAAGGCUUCAGAUAGUAACACGAUAGACGAAAUCGAAGCAUUCCUCGAGGAAAGUAUCAAAGAUGGAUGUGAAGGGCUCAUGGUGAAGAUGUUGGCAAGCGAUAAUAGUUAUUAUGAACCUAGUCGCCGAAGUGUCAACUGGCUUAAACUAAAGAAAGACUACCUGCAUGGAGUAGGUGAUUCUUUGGACCUGGUAGUUGUGGGAGGAUACUACGGCAAGGGGAAACGCGCUAAUGUCUAUGGUGCAUUCCUUCUUGCCUGUUACGACACGAAUACAGAAGAAUUCCAGACGAUUUGCAAAAUCGGUACCGGUUUCAGCGAGGAACAGUUGCAGACACACUACGACAUGCUGAAGCCGCUCCAAUCACUCAAUAUUAGAGGCGACAUAAAAGCUGGCGGAGCCCAACCAGAUGUUUGGUUCGAACCUAAGAUUGUGUGGGAGGUUCUUACAGCCGAUCUAAGCUUGAGCCCUAUUUAUACCGCAGCCCAAGGACUAAUCGAAGAAAGGGGUAUAUCCUUGCGUUUUCCAAGGUUCAUUCGGCCACGGGAGGAUAAAUCAGCCGAGGACUCCACGAGUCCUGAGCAGAUCGCAGAGAUGUAUCAACGACAGACACUAAUAGAAAGCAAGAGGAACACGAAUGAGAUAGGUGACGAUGGAUUUUGGUGAACUGCAUGGAAAAAGUUCAAUUUGUCCAAGGGAGAGCACACGGCGUCUAGUUAUACAGAAUUAAUAGCACUUCCAGACAAAAUAUCACGUUUCUUUUCUCGACCACCAUUAUACCAGUAAUUCAAGAAUCGAGCCUGUUGUAAUGACUGCGUUGUAGCAUUUGUGGCAUGGCAAGCAAAUAGUAAGUAAUUUCGCGGUUGAACUCGCCAAGCGAAUCGCAUGAAAACCACCGAGUACAGCGCGAGCGCACUAGUCAUUGUUCCUGAGAUGACCUCCUCGUCUUUCCUCAAAUCCGCUAGAGCUGCUAACGGAAGACCCCAAUUUGCUACCUAUAUAAAUGAGGAUUAAUGAAAUGCACGAUCAAGGCAAAGAAGUUGCACUGGCUGGGCCCCAAAAAUGAGUGCUUAGAAAGUACUCGCGUGCAGCGGAAGACCGGAUCCAACUGAAAAAAGUGGAUGCCAUGACAAGUUAGUUAUCCAAGA